UUGUGGUAUUCUAGUGAUUAUCAUACAUAUCAAAAUAUCGUUGCGUUAAAUUGCAGGUAGGGCCUACUCAGUUUAAGAUCGUAGCUAUGAAUAGAUAGUAAUCUUGAAAUCCUAAUCUGGCUCUACUUUUUUAAUAGUUCAAAUGGCGGAAAGACGGAGGAUGUACAUAAAUGGGUGUAAAGUGGUUCAUGCAAAAACAAUAACUCGUCACAUUUAAAUGAAGUUCUAAAAUUUUGGCCAGACAGAAUAUAUGCACAUACAUAUAUAUUACAGUUGUUACUUUGAACAUCAUAGAUAUCUGGUCAAGUCAUAAAUGUUGAAACAAGUUGUACCAGUUGCGCUUUCGAAACCUUAACACAGUGAGUGGAGAGAUCAUGCUAGGCUCGCUAGUUCUAACUAGCUACACAACAGUCAGUAGGCUACUUGGCAAGUGUUAAAGUGGCUAUAUGCUAGCUAACGUCAGUUAGCUUUAGACAUCUUGACUAACCAGCUAACGAGCACACGGUCGGCAGCUGUCGUGAGAAUAGCAUCGAGGGACUCAACGCGGAAGGACGGCGAUACAUUUGGGUCGUCUAUCUUGUUGGUACACAGCCAGUGGAAUCGGGAGAUGCGACUUUUUGAAAUCGUUUCCCGAAUCAGGCUUGAACGAUGUAUCGUAGCUAACCUAGGCUAGCACUCUAUAGGGUUCCUCAAUGAAUGGACAGUUCGGACAAGGUUCGAUCAACAUUGUGUGCUAGCGACAGACUUUGCUAACACUUAGCACGUUAGCUUUAUACCCAGUUGUUGUGAGACGUCAUCAUCUUGUGUUUUUCUUGAUGAACGAGAAUAAGAAUACAUUUUGACUGCAGAAUUACGGGAACAUACACAUCUCUCAGAUAACUUGACGCAAGAGGGCCACUUCAAAAUUGACAGAAAUGCUCUGCUCUUUGAAGAACGCACCAGUGGGACUAGCUACAUCGGCUAGGAGCUACUUGGCACCUAGCUAAUGGAUGUUGCAACGGAAACUUCAAAAGUACCCUUACAGAUACGCUGGAUGAUAAAUUCGUUCAGUGAAUAACUAUAACAAAGGAUUUCGUGUCCAGUUUCCCUGGAAUAUUUUUUGCACCAGUUGUGUCCCAAUUUCCCUGGGAAUGAUGGCGCUUUUGACUGAAAAAGCCCUGCGUCCCAGGUAGCCCAUCAGCCUCUUGACGUUGCUGUAUAUGGGAGUGUUGGGGGCUGCCUCCGUCGGCCUGGCCCGCAGUUUCCUUAUAGAAUAGUGCUAGUGCGCUAUAUUACUAUGUUUAUUUUUUCGAGAAGCUAAAUAGCAAAAUUUCCAUGUCAUACAGAAAUUGCGGCAGUAAGUUUCUUCUCUUUGUAAGAAAACUGGACUGUUCAACUGAGACUCAUCAUGUCAGGGUUUGCUGAAUUCGUACCACCUCCCGAAUGCCCAGUUUUUGAGCCGAGUUGGGAGGAUUUUUCGGAUCCUUUGGGAUAUAUAAACAAGAUUCGUCCAAUUGCUGAGAAAACUGGCAUCUGCAAAAUUAGACCCCCAGAGGACUGGCAGCCUCCCUUUGCCUGCGACAUACGAAACUUCCGUUUCACUCCUCGAGUUCAGAGGCUCAACGAGCUGGAGGCUCUCACCAGAGUCAAGCUCAACUUCCUGGACCAGAUUGCUAAGUUCUGGGAGCUUCAGGGAUCCAGGCUACGUGUCCCUCAUGUGGAGAGGAAGAUUCUGGAUCUGUACCAGCUCAGCAAGGUGGUGCAGGCGGAGGGGGGGUUCGAGGCGGUGUGUAAGCAGAAGUGCUGGGCGGCGGUGGCUUGCAGGAUGGGCCUGCCUCCAGGGAAGGGAUGUGGCUCUCUGCUGCGCUCCCACUACGAGAGGCUGCUCUACCCAUACGAGCUGUUCCAGUCUGGGGCCACGCUCACCGGCAUCCAGCGGCUGUACGAGGAGGGGGAGGAGGGGGAGGAGCUGAACGAAAGGGUGGAGGAAGAGGAGGAUGAAGAGGAGGAUGAAGAUGAGGAUGAGAGGGAGAGACUGAGUGACCAGACUCAGAACAAGGACCUCCCCCACCCUGACCCCCACCCUGAGCGGAGGUCUCGGAGGCUGAAGUCUGAGAGGGAAAACAAGGAGCCCAAAACCCUGCAGUUGUUCUCCAGACACAAAGUGGUGGAGCUCCUUCCUGCAGGAGACGAUGCCUUCAACAAGAGACAGAGGCACCUGAAGGCCUUCGCCAUCAAGAUGCAGCCUCGCAAGCAGAGUCUGGAGGUCAACUUUGUGGACCUGUACAUGUGUCUGAGCUGCGGCCGUGGAGACGAGGAGGAGCGUCUGCUGCUGUGUGACGGCUGUGACGACAGCUACCACACCUUCUGCCUGAUCCCCCCUCUGCAGGACGUGCCCCGGGGGGACUGGCGCUGCCCCAAGUGUGUGGCUGAGGAGUGCAGCAAGCCUCGCGAGGCGUUCGGGUUUGAGCAGGCGGGCCGGGAGUACAGCCUGCAGGGCUUCGGAGAGAUGGCCGACCACUUCAAGUCUGAUUACUUCAACAUGCCCGUGCACAUGGUGCCCACAGAGUUGGUGGAGAAGGAGUUCUGGCGGGUGGUGAGCUCCAUCGAGGAGGACGUGAUUGUUGAGUACGGAGCUGAUAUCAGCUCCAAGGAUGUGGGCAGCGGGUUCCCAGUACGAGACGGCAGGAGGAGGCUGCUUGGAGAUGAGGAGGAGUAUGCUAACUCUGGUUGGAACCUGAACAACAUGCCAGUUCUGGAGCAGUCUGUCCUGACCCACAUCAACGUGGACAUCUCUGGGAUGAAGGUUCCCUGGUUGUAUGUGGGCAUGUGCUUCUCCUCCUUCUGCUGGCACAUAGAGGACCACUGGAGCUACUCCAUCAACUUCCUGCACUGGGGGGAGCCUAAGACGUGGUAUGGCGUGCCGGCACAGGCGGCGGAACAGCUGGAGGCAGUGAUGAAGAAGCUGGCGCCAGAGCUGUUUGACUCCCAGCCUGACCUGUUGCACCAGCUGGUCACCAUCAUGAACCCCAACGUGCUCAUGCAGCACGGAGUCCCUGUGUUCAGGACUAACCAGUGUGCUGGGGAGUUUGUGGUGACAUUCCCCAGAGCCUACCACAGUGGCUUCAACCAGGGAUACAACUUUGCUGAAGCUGUCAAUUUCUGCACUGCUGACUGGCUCCCAGUGGGGCGUCAGUGUGUGUCCCACUACCGGCGCCUGCAGCGCUACUGUGUGUUCUCCCAUGACGAGCUGCUGUGCAAGAUGGCGUCUGAGCCAGAACGUCUGGACGUGGAGCUGGCGGGCGCCGUGUUCUCAGAGCUCAGCCGCACCAUGGAGGAGGAGAGCAGGCUGCGGCUCGCCCUCACACAGAUGGGGGUGGUGUCUUCGGAGCAGGAGGUGUUUGAGCUGCUGCCUGAUGAUGAGCGCCAGUGUGUGAGGUGUAAGACCACCUGCUUCCUGUCUGCCGUGACGUGCUCCUGCAGCGCUGAGCGCCUGGCGUGUCUACACCACGCCGCCCAGCUGUGUGACUGCAGCAUGGACCGCAAGUGUCUCAGGUACAGGUAUGCCCUGGAGGACCUUCCCAGCAUGGUGUUGGGGGUGGGGUCCAGGGCCCAGUCCUACGACUCCUGGUCCAGGCGUGUGAGCGAGGCGCUGGCCGCAGAGACCCGAAAUAAGAGAGACCUGAUCGAGCUGCGGGUGCUGCUGGAGGAUGCAGAGGAGCGCAGGUAUCCGGAUAACAGUGUGCUGCGCCGCCUCAGGGACACAGUGAAGGACGCAGAGACCUGCUCCUCAGUAGCACAGAUGCUGCUCAGCCGCAAGCACCGACACAGCGGUGGGGCCCAGGCCAGCAGGGGGCGCUCCAGGCUGACAGUGGAGGAGCUGAAGGGCUUCGUAGACCAGCUGGACCGCCUGCCCUGCGUCAUAAGCCAGACUCAGCAAGUCAAGGAGCUGCUGGAGAGUGUGGAGGACUUCCGGGAGCGGUCCCAGCUGGCGCUGAAUGAGCCGCUGCCAGACUCGGUCACGCUGCAGGCUCUGCUGGACCUGGGCAGCAGCCUGGACCUGGACCUGCCCCAGCUGCCCCGCCUCAAACAGGACCUGCAGCAGGCGCGUUGGCUGGACGAGGUGCGUGUGACCCUGGCAGACCCCCAGCGUGUGACCCUGGAGAUGAUGAAGCGCCUGAUCGACUCGGGGGUGGGGCUGCCUCCACACCCAGCGCUGGAGAAGGCCAUGGCCGACCUGCAGGAGCUGCUCACGGUGUCUGAGAGGUGGGAGGACAAGGCCCGUGCAUGCCUGCAGGCCAGGCCCCGGCACAGCAUGGCGACCCUGGAGAGCAUCGUGGUGGAGGCUAGAAACAUCCCGGCCUACCUGCCCAACGUGCUGGCUCUGAGGGCAGCCCUGCUCAAGGCCCGGGACUGGGCUAGCAAGGUGGAGGCCAUACAGAGCGGCAGCAGCUAUGGUUACCUGGAGCAGCUGGAGGGUCUGGUGUCUCGGGGGCGGAGCCUCCCGGUGCGGCUGGAUGCCCUGGUGCAGCUGGAGAGUCAGGUGUCCUCGGCCCGGGCCUGGAGGGAGAGGACCGCUCGCACCUUCCUCAAGAAGAACUCCACACACACCCUGCUGCAGGUCCUGAGCCCUCGUGUGGACAUUGGUGUCUAUGGCAACAGCAAGAACAAGCGUCGGCGUGUGAAGGAGCUGCAGGAAAAGGAUGGCGGCGCGGCGCUAGAGAGCCAGCAGGACGACAGCAUGGAGGAGCCGGCCCCAGACCAGGCCUCCGUGGUGGCAGCCUUCAGGGCCCAGGAGCAGCAGGAGGCCCACGCCAUCCACGCUCUGCGCUCCGCCAACCUGGCCAAGAUGGCCCUGGCCGAGCGCAUUGAGGAGGUGAGGUUCUGCCUGUGCCGCCGCACGGCCGGUGGCUUCAUGCUGCAGUGUGAGCUCUGCAAGGACUGGUUCCACGGUGCCUGCGUGCCGCUGCCCAAGACGGGCGCCCAGAAGAAGCAGGGCUGGCAGAGCAGCAAGGACUCCAGGUUCCUGUGCCCCCUAUGCCAGCGAUCACGCCGGCCCCGCUUGGAGACCAUCCUCUCCCUGCUGGUGUCCCUGCAGAAGCUGCCGGUCCGCCUGCCGGAGGGAGAGGCCCUGCAGUGCCUCACGGAGAGGGCCAUGGGCUGGCAGGACCGAGCCCGCCAGGCCCUGGCUACAGACGAGCUGUCGUCGGCACUGGCCAAGCUGUCAGUGCUGUCCCAGCGCAUGGUGGAGCAGGCUGCCAGGGAGAAGACUGAGAAGAUCAUCACUGCUGAGCUGCAGAAGGCUGCUGCCAACCCUGACCUGCAGGGCCACCUCCAGACGUUCCAGCAGGCUGGGUUCAGCAGAGCCCCGUCCCCUCAGCAGCCAGCGGAGUACGACGACGAGGAGACAGACUCAGACGAGGACAUCAGAGAGACCUAUGGAUACCACGCCAAGGACCCUGGAGAGGGGAAGCCCUACCUUUUCUGUGACGAGGAGAUCCCUGUGAAGUCGGAAGAGGUGGUCAGCCACAUGUGGGCUGCUGCCACACACUCCUUCUGUGCUGAACAUGCCUACUCCUCUGCAUCCAAGUCCUGCGCCCAGAACAUGGGCCCCCCCAGGAAGCAGCCCAGGAAGACCCCCCUGGUGCCCCGCAGCUUGGAGCCCCCAGUGCUGGAGCUGUCCUCUGCAGCCAAGGCCCAGCUGGAGCAGCUGAUGCUGCUUGGGGACCUGCUGGAGGUGUCCCUGGACGAGACGCAGCACAUCUGGAGGAUCCUGCAGGCCACACACCCCCCUUCAGAGGACCGCUUCCUGCAGGUCAUGGAGCCCGAGGACCCCCUGAUGGAGAAGACUGUGAAGAUGAGGAUGAAGGAGUCCGAGAAGAAGAGGAGGAGGAAGUUGGAGCGUGCGGAGCAACACAUGAUGCUGGCUGUGACAGGGGGCGGGGCCAGUGGGGGCGGGGCCAGCGGGAGCGAUGUGGGCCGACCCAAGAGCAGGGAGCUGAAGCGUGUUGGUCUGGAGCUGGGAGCUAAACCCAAGAAGAAGAAGCUGAACCUGGAGAAGUCCCGGGAGCUGAAGCAGCUAGCCAAGCGCCUGGCCAAGGAGGAGAAAGAGAGGAAGAGGAAGGAGAGGGCGGUGCUGAAGGCAGAGGCCCUGAGGGAGGGUCUGGAGAAAAGGAAGGAGAGGAAGGUUCUAGACAUCCCCUCCAAGUACGACUGGUCCGGGGCCGAGGACUCCAACGAUGAGAACGCUGUGUGUGCAGCAAAGAACUGCCAGAGGCCUUGCAAGGAUAAGGUGGACUGGGUUCAGUGUGAUGGCGGCUGUGACGAGUGGUUCCACCAGGUGUGUGUGGGCGUGACCUGUGAGAUGGCGGAGACGGAGGACUACAUCUGCUGCGUGUGCAACCGCAGGGCGGGCGUGGCCAGGGGCGUGGCCAGGGGAGGAGCCUUGCUGGUGGCAGAGGAGAGUGUGGUGUUGGCUGUUCCUGUGUGCAGCACCGCCCUCCCUGCCACCCUGAGACAACAACACAGCUCUCAGGACGCCAGCUAGCACUUCCACUGGGGCCACAGGCAGAGGCUAGAGCACACACACAAUGUCCUUGCUUGGCUAGCAUCAAUCUCUGUAUCCUGGGAAAACAGACUUGACUGACAUACUUCCCUUUUUGACUGAUUGGCCGGUGCAAUGGACGGAAUCCUAACAAAAUAAAGGACUGAGGAGGAAAUGGUCUGGUCCUCCCCUUGUAAACCCUAACCUUACAAACCCUGAGGCUCUAGAAUUGCAAUAGACACCUGCAGGCUCGAGGUUAUGGAGAUCGGCAGGGACGAAGGAUGGAGGGAUGAGGAGGGAUGGAGGUAUCCCCUAGGGCUAAGGAUGUGUGGUCCUGGGUGUCACCAUAGGUACCAGUCUUCAAACUGCAGUCUAGCUCCAACAGUCUGGGGACAGUUUCAGAAGCUGUGUAGCAGGACUGUCACCUUAACCCUUAAACCAACCCUUCGUAAACAAAAUCACCUUAACCUAACCCUUUGAACACUGUCCUCCCAUAUGACCACCUAGCGCUCCAGAGUUAUGCCCCCUCCUGCCCCGCCCCCUCCUGCCCCGCCCCCUCCUGCCCCGCCCCCUCCUGCCCCGCCCCGCCCCCUCCUGCCCCGCCCCCUCCAGCCCCGCCCCCUCCAGCCCUGCCCCCUCCAGCCCCGCCCCCUCCAGCCCCUCAUCCAAUACCAGCAACACUUCCUGAUGUAGGACCAGUGGUUGUAUUCAGUAAAUAUAUUUAUAAUGUAAAUAGGUUUUAAGCAAUUAAAUGAUUUGGAUGUGGCUGUUUCUUUUGUUAUCUCACCUUUUAAUAAACUGUUCCUAGUCA